GUCAGGGAGUAGCGAGAUUGCCACAGAUGCAGCGAAUGCUUCGUCUAGUGUAGGUAGAGGAGUGUAGAUCGUGCUUUGGUUCGCGCACGUUCGUCAGAGUUUAUGUCCGCAAUGGACGGCUUGAUACCUGUUGCACGACCCGGCGCGGACCGGUUCGAGUCAUUCACGUAUCGACGUUUGUCGUAGAUAGAAGAGUGAUUUAUAUUCCAGUGACGAUGAAUUGUCGUGAUCAUCAUUGUUGACGUUUCUCGUGGUGUGACAGUACAGGCUACCAUCGUUGCCGUGCGUCACGAUUUUCGUGUGCAAAUACAGCGCAGGAUAUAUUUGCCACGAUUGAAACAAUGGGGAUCGUGCAGAGCCGUGCCGGCGAAAGCGAUGGCGGUGUGCGUGAAGUAUUCAUUGGUGGUAUCAAGGGCGGCACGCCUCUUCAAUCCUAUCAACCUAGCCUUGGCAUGGGAAGUUUGGGUGGACCACACGCACGGAGUGGCAGCGUCCGUGGCGCGCCAAGGCAACCAAUGCCCGACGCUGUGGAACUCGAAAGGCGCUUCACCAAAGUGUUGGCUUCGAUGGAUUUGCCUCCGGACAAAGCGAAGCUUUUAAAGCAGUACGACAACGAGAAAAAAUGGGACAUCAUAUGCGAUCAAGAAAGAGUGCAAGCUAAGGAUCCACCAUCCCAUUAUUUAGCAAAAUUACGUACCUAUCUGGAUCCAAAAGCUUCGCGAAGCCAUCGAAAGAGGAAAAUGGUUGGAGAGUCAACGUCGACUCAAGUAUUACGGGAUUUGGAAAUUUCCUUGCGCACGAAUCAUAUAGAAUGGGUGAGGGAGUUCCUAGACGAAGAAAACCAGGGUUUAGACGCCCUUAUAGACUACCUCAGCUUCAGACUGCUCAUGAUGAGGCACGAACAACGUCUCUUGGAAUCUCAUGCGAGUUCUGAAGAAAAAUUACAAACCGUUGGUUCCGGGGAUACUUCGCCCUUAAAUAACGGUUGUCUUAGACCGCCGCUCCACGAACUUAAAGAUAGUCCCGGCGUUAAAAGAAGAUCUCGACACGUGGCACGAUUGAACAUGGGCGAAGCGAAAGAUGACAUUCACGUUUGCAUAUUAUGCAUGCGUGCUAUCAUGAAUAACAAGUAUGGUUUCAACAUGGUCAUUCAGCAUCGUGAAGCAAUCAACUGCAUCGCGCUCAGUUUGAUGCACAAGAGUUUGAGAACAAAAGCUCUAGUUUUGGAACUUCUUGCUGCUAUCUGUUUGGUAAAGGGUGGUCAUGAAAUUAUUCUCUCCGCGUUCGACAACUUCAAGGAAGUUUGCUCGGAGAGACGACGAUUUACUACGCUUAUGGCAUACUUCACCCAAUAUGAUAGUUUCCACAUAGAAUUCAUGGUUGCCUGUAUGCAAUUCGUGAAUAUCGUUGUUCAUUCGGUAGAAGAUAUGAAUUUCAGGGUUCAUUUGCAAUAUGAAUUUACCAAACUUGGUUUGGACGAGUAUCUUGAGAAACUGAGGCAUACCGAGAGCGAGGAUUUGCAGGUUCAAAUCUCUGCGUAUCUAGAUAAUGUAUUUGAUGUAGCUGCCUUAAUGGAAGACAGUGAAACCAAGACUGCUGCGUUAGAAAAAGUAGCUGAAUUAGAAGAUGAGCUUGGUCAUGCACAUGAUAGGAUGACAGAAUUAGAAAGAGAAUCGCUUGCAAAAUUAGCGGAAUUAGAGACUGAAUUAGGUGCGUUAAAAGUAGAAUACGCUGAUGCUAUAGAAGCUCGUCGAUUGGCCGAAGAAGAAUUGACAGCUUUGAAAAGGCAAAAACAAGAUUCUGCUCGAAGACAAAGCGUUUUAGAGAACAAAAUAAUCGAAUUGGAAACACUUACUGGAACCCUCACGAAGGGUUCAUCAACAGCCAAUCUUCGGAAUGGAUGUGCUACGAGUCCUGUCAGUAAUUCAGAUAAUGUUACAUGCUCUACGCUUAAUUCGACUCCGUCUCCGACAUUAGAAGAAUCUCCACCAUCCGCUCCAGCACCACCUCCACCACCUCCUCCUCCGUGUCCACCACCACCUCCUAUGGCACCUCUUUCUCCCGGAGAUCAAAAAUUACCGCCACCUGCACCUAUACCUCCACCACCUGCUGGAAUGAUGCAAGCACCAGAUGGAGCAAUGACUAUUAAACGAAAGGUUCAAACAAAAUAUAAACUUCCCACGCUUAAUUGGAUUGCAUUGAAACCUAAUCAAGUACGAGGUACUAUUUUUAAUGAACUGGAUGAUGAUCGACUACACAAUUAUAUAGAUUUUUCCGAUUUCGAAGAAAGAUUUAAAAUUGGAAUGGGAAGUCAUGUUGCUAAUGGCAAUAAUGAAAUCGAUGGUCUUCAAAGUUUUCCUAGUAAAAGAUUUAAGAAACCAGAAAAUGUAUCGCUUUUAGAACAUACCAGAUUGCGAAAUAUCGCUAUAUCGCGAAGAAAAAUGGAAAUGCCAGUAGAAAAAGUUAUUAUGGCAGUAAAUGCUUUGGAUUUAAAAGUACUUUCAUUGGAAAACGUAGAAUUAUUACAACGUAUGGUGCCUACAGAUCAAGAAAUAAAAGCAUACAGGGAAUAUAUUAUAGAAAAGAAAAAUGUUAAUCUUCUAACUGAAGAAGAUAAGUUUUUGAUGCAACUCGGUAAAGUAGAAAGGAUAUCAACGAAAUUAUCUAUUAUGAAUUAUAUUGGAAACUUUUUUGACAAUUUACAUCUUAUUACACCACAAAUACAUGCUGUGAUAUCUGCUUCAAGUUCAGUUAAAAGUUCAAAGAAACUAAGAGCAGUAUUAGAAAUUAUUCUUGCUUUUGGAAAUUAUUUAAAUAGUAGCAAACGAGGCCCAGCGUACGGGUUUAAACUUCAAAGUUUAGACACAUUACUCGAUACGAAAUCAACGGACAAGAGAAUGUGCCUUUUACAUUAUAUUGUAGCAACAAUACGAGUCAAGUUUCCAGAAUUAAUUAAUUUCGAAUCGGAACUUAUGUACAUUGAUAAAGCUGCGACCGUUUCAUUGGAAAAUAUAACUACCGAUGUACACGAAUUAGAAAAAGGAAUGGAUCUUGUAAGAAAAGAAUUCGAACUUCGUGGUAAAGAAAAACAUAACACUGUCUUGCGAGAUUUCUUAAAUAAUUCCGAAGAAAAAUUGCGUCGUUUAAAAUCUGAUGCUCGUGCUGCCGGUGAAGCAUUCCGUGAAUGCGUUGAAUUUUUUGGAGAAAGUCCUAGACAAGCUGAUGCUAAUACAUUCUUCUCUCUCCUUGUUAGAUUCGCAAGGGCAUUUAAGGCUGCGGAUCAAGAAAAUGAACAGCGUCGUCGAUUAGAAGCUGCUGCUGCAGAAGCUUUAAACGCCUCAGAAGAUGUUAUUAAACGUAACAAAUUAAAUCAAAAAAAGCAACAGGUACAUUUUAUUAAUUAUUUAUUGUUAUUUUUUCUAUUAUUUAUUUCAAAAUAUAUACCACAGAAAGUUGUAUUCCUUAUCUUGUUGCACGUUAUAUACUUGACAGCUUAUAAUCUAUUUAUUUUUUUUUAA